AUGACGGGGUUGUACUCCGACACCCACCGCAUCGUCCUCCUCAUUGACGUUUCGAGCCUCCACCAUCCCCACCAGACCAACCGUGUGGUUUCGUUCCUGGAAACCCUACUCUCUUUCCCGCCCCUUUCCUCUUCCUUAUUUGCCUUCAAACUCUUCUUCUCCUCCCUCUCCCCUCUCCUCUCCUUCUCCAAGCUUCAACCUUUCCUCCCCAAUCCCUCUCUCUCCUUCGACCUCCCUUCCUCCAUCCUCCCCCAACUCUCUCGCACCCUCUUCUCCCUUCCCUCUUCUCUUCACCCUCUCUCCUCCCCUAAUGCCCUCCACCUCGCCCACUCUCUCUCCCAACUCCUCCAUGAUCACUCCUGGGACCACCCCUCCCCCCACAUCGUCCCCCCCAAUUUACUCCUCCUCCUUUCGCCCUCUUUCACAUCAUUCACAUCCCUCGCCUCUUUCCUCAACGCCGAUCUCAAUCUCCUUGCCGAUGACACGUCUGUCUGUCAUACCCUGUCUUCCUUCUUCACCAAUGUAGCUCGAUCAUUCACCUCCAGGGGAAUUCACUGUUCUUGGAUUACAGUUGGUGGAGAAGAUAUUGAGAUCAGCACUAGCAAUGAGGCUAGAGAAGUGUCUUCUUUGCUUCGGACUGCAGUUGGGGGACUCGGGUGGGGCUUUUGCUCUCUGGAUUCGCUGCUUCUUUGUUCGGCUCUUGUUCCGUUUGGCCUGGUUUAUCCCUUAAUUGGGGUUUCCAUGAGUUCUUUUUGUUGUUCUUCUAGGGAUGUUAGUGCGCAGUUGAGGCUUUCGAUUUUGGAUGUGAAUGGGAGUCCCAUUGAGUACAAUUGUUGUGAUCUUGAGUUUGUUGAUGUGAAGGGUAAUUUGGAUUUGCCAGGUGGAGGGGGUGAAAGGAGGGACAGUUUUUGGAAGCUGUGUUUGGGUGGAGGUGUGAAAUUGGAGGUUAAGGUUGUGAGGAGGUGUGAUGCGUUUGUUGGAACACAGGACUGGUUGUCUGAUUCUGUUCUAGUGCGUGAGGAUUUCAGGGGAAUGAAGAAGAAAGAGAGGAAAGACAAAGGGAGUUUGAGUGAUUUUUUCGCUGAUACGGUUCUUGAGUUUGUUGCCGGUGAGUUUGGUUGUGAGUGGCGGCGAAAACCGGUGCCCGUUUGGGAGAUGCUGUUGAGUUUUCUAUAUAAGGAAGGUUGCUGGGCGUUGGUGACUGUUUCCAAUGGCAAGGGAGGUUCGUGUAUUGGCAUUCUGAGACCUUUUACGGUGCUUGCUGGUCUCUUGUCCGUCUUAGGGGAUUUACAUGGGGCUAGUGGUUUUGGUGAAGCAAAUGUUGGGAAAUAUGUAAAGAUGGUGAGUCAUGAUGUUUGCCAAUCGGAUUCCAAAUUUAAGGAUGAGUUUUUGAGUUCUCGAGGUAAGAAGAGUGCUGUGGCCAAUGAGUGUCAUCAGAGAAAGAAAAGGAUAAAUUUGAAUACACUUGGAGACCUCACGUGGAGCGCAUUCUGUAAGUCGGUGUUUGAACAAUUUGAAACUGAUUUGCUUGAUGUUUAUUAUGCCAUGGAAGGUAACAAGUCUAAAAAGUUGAAAUUUUUGAGAUGCUGGAUGAAACAGAUGAAGAAAUCUGGCUGUUCGGAUCUAACUUUAUUAGAAAAAUUCAAGCCAAAUUCAACAGGAGCCGAAGAGGGUAGCAGUAAAUUGAAUGAUUUACCUAGAAAUGAUGAACAGCCAAUGUCCUCAUUUGCAUCAGCUGAAAUUAACCCUGAACCAGAGGCUUUGAGAAUACAGGAGGGUGCUGUGUUAGACUUUAGGUCAGAAACAUCUGAAUCAUUUUUCAGUAAUCUUGCUGACAGGAUCAAUCGGGGAAUUGAAUCAGAAGUUGUAGACAUGGGGGCCUUGGCGGAGCGACUUGUAAGUUCUUCUAUAUACUGGUUAUGUCAGAAGGUUGAUAAGGAAACAAUUUCUCAGAGUCAGGCUACUUUAGAAGAUCAUAAUAAUUGUGGUAGCACAAUUGCAUCUGACCUGAUAAAACUUCUAUUAAGGGAGCCCAAGGAGAUAGCUGCUGAGCAUAAAAGCCAAAAUCCGUUCUCUCAGUUUCAGGCAUUUGAUUCAGGACCUGCCACACCUAUCUCAGAACGUGUAGUUAGAGAAUAUGAACUGCAGGUUUUAUUCCGAAUGGAGAUUUUACAAUCAGAGGUUGGAAAUGAAGUUGAAGAUUCCAGCAAACAGAAGUUUGUAAAACAAAUAUGCCUGCUUUUGGAGCACAUUCAGUGUCAUAUGGAAGUGGGAUUUUUUGGGGAUUGGACUCUUGAAAAUUAUGUGACAAAGAUAAUAAAAAAUAGGUAUUCUCUCACUCUUGAAGAUGUGGUUCAAAAAAUCUACAACAAAAUGGACCUUCUGCUGUUUGCUGAUGAGGAUGAAGCCCCAAAUAGUUUUCUCAACAGUGAGGACAGUAACAAAUCCUUGAACAGAAAUGCAUACAGAGAUGAGGUAGGUGAAAAUGAUGUCAGUAACCAACCUAUUUCGGCAGAAAAUGAGCCCUUUCACUUGCAAAAGGAUGUCAGUGGAAGAUUGCAAAGGAUGGUUGAUGAGCAUGAUAAAAAACUAAUUGAAGCUAAGGAGAAGAGAGAGAGGGCUCUAAGAUUUUCAUCUUUUACAAGUUCGAUGCCUGUUUUGCGAAGAGUUAGAGCCCCAACACAAAAGAGCAUGAAACUCCAGACAGAUCUGCUACAAAGGGUGCGAAAAAGGAAGGAGCGAGAAAGGGCAAACUAUGCAACUGUAUGUGAGACCCCAAUGACAGUAAAUAAGCGUACAAGCUCAAGGGCAAGGAGUUCAGAUGAUGACAGUGACCUGGCUGAUGGGAGGAAACCAUGUGGUUCAGUUUCUAAGGCAUUGUUCAAGGAUGAUCAUUGA